CAGGUUUUUAAUGCUGUGGUUGAACACAGGAUGAAGAAGCAGCUCAUCAUUGAUGUGGACACUGGGGUGGAUGACGCUAUGGCCAUCAUGGUGGCCCUCGCCAACCCUGAUGUGGAGAUUUUGGGGAUCACCUGCUGCCAUGGCAACACACCCCUGGAGAAUGUCCUCAAGAACACGCUGCGUGUCCUGAAAGUCUGCAAUAGGCUGGAUAUUCCAGUGUAUCGUGGCUGCUCAAAGCCUCUGCUGGCCCGCAAACAGCAUGCGGGUGAUUACCACGGGAAAGACGGGCUGGGGGAUGUCCCGGAUCCAGAUGCUCCAGGCUUGGAUCUGCUGCAGAAGAAGAAAGCUGUGCAGGCCAUGAUCAAGCUUGUGAAUGACAAUGCUGGAGAGAAAGCCCAAUCAGCUGACUAUAAGAAGGAGAUUACUGCAGGAACUGGUUUUAAUUCCUGUGACGUCUAUGCCUUAGCUGCUGCCAUCGAUGAUACAUUGAUAACUGAGAGCGAAGAGGUUGCGGUGGCAGUGGAGUUGGAGGGGACCUACACCCGAGGCAUGAUGGUGGUGGACUACAUCCAGAAGCUGAAGAAAGACCAUAAGGCCAUCAUCAUGAAGAAAGUUGACUUGGAAAAGUUAAAGCAAAUGUUGACCAAUGCACUCAAAUAG